AUGCGCUAUAAUAAUUACGAUAAUUCUGGAAGUUCUUACUUGACGAAGAUAGUUAAAAAAACAGAUGCUGAGAAAAAACCAUUAUGGAAUAGAAGAAUUGGAGACGGUAAGCUAAAUGAUAAAAGGAAGGCUUAUAAUGAACGAGGUAAAGUAUACAUAAGUUGUCCAUUUAUCGAAGUCCCCUUUUUUCAAAUAAGAACCAUCGAUGUAGAGGAUAAAUUCGAGCAAGCCGAACAAUUAAGAGACAUUACAAAAAAAAUUCUCAAAAAUAAAACUAGCCCUUUACAUGGCAUUGCUUUGUCAAAGAAAAACACAACCGAUUCCUGCGAUUCAAAAAGGAGCUCAUCAGGAGCUGAUGUAAACAACUGUAGAAAAUAUCGUGGCCCUGCAGGAGGAACUAGUCAGUCCACCAGCAUCACGAAAAGAUGCAGUAAAAAGACCACGAGCCGUCCUAAAAGAGAAAAGAGGCAAACAAUUCUUCCAAAUGGUGAGGUAAAGGCAUGUUCCAAGUGUAAAGACACCUGGACUAUUCAAUGGAGAAGCGGUCCGGAGCAAAACAGGGAACUUUGUAGUCCAUGUGGACUUGCUUAUGGAAAAAGAUUGAAAAAGGAGAACGAGAAAAAAAGACGAGCAGUAGAUGAGACGAGAGAACAAAACAAUUCUUAG